GGAAUUUAUAAAGAUUCCAUAAUAUAGGGUCUGUUAGUAUAUAUAUGCACAACGUUUUUAAGGAAACUGGUAGUGUCCAAAUAGUUUGACAUUAAUUGACUUGACACUAUGACCAGCCUAAUCACCUCACGUGCUCGUCACGUGGCCGUGAUCGGACUCGGAGCCGCCGGGCUCGUGGCGGUUCGAGAGCUUCGUCGUGAAGGUCACACCGUCAUCGGUUUCGAGCGUGAGAAACAUGUUGGUGGACUCUGGGUUUACACUGAUAGAGUCGAACCAGACUCACUUAGCGUUGACCCGGAUCGAACCAUCGUACACUCGAGCGUCUACCAAUCCCUCCGCACAAAUCUCCCACGAGAGUGUAUGGGUUACAGUGACUUUCCAUUCGUAACACGAUCCGGUGAGGGCGACCCGAGACGGUACCCGGAUCAUAGGGAAGUCUUGAUGUACCUUCAAGAUUUCGCCAAAGAGUUCAAGAUCGAAGAAAUGAUCCGAUUCGAUACAGAGGUUUUGUGUGUGGAGCCGACGCCGGAGAAUAACCGUAAUUGGAGUGUUCAAUUUAAAAGCUCAAGUGGUGUCUCCGGCGAAGAAAUCUUUGACGCUGUCGUAGUUUGUAAUGGUCACUUCACUGAGCCUCGUCUUGCUCACAUUCCUGGGAUAGAGUCAUGGCCAGGAAAGCAGAUCCAUAGCCACAAUUAUCGGAUUCCAGAUUUAUUCAAAGAUCAGGUGGUGAUAGUUAUAGGAAGUCAAGCCAGUGGAAACGACAUUAGUAAAGACAUAGCAACCAUUGCAAAAGAAGUUCAUAUCUCGUCUAAAGCGGUUGCAUCCGAUUCAUACGGCUGUUACGACAACCUACGGAUUCACCCUACGAUAUACCGCGCCCGCGAGGAUGGUUCCGUGGUAUUCCGAAACGGGAAAGUGGUUUUUGCUGAUGCUAUAGUUCAUUGCACCGGUUACAAGUAUCAUUUCCCGUUUCUUAAAAACAACGGUUACGUUACUGUAGAAGAUAACCGUGUUGGACCGCUCUACAAGCAUGUUUUCCCACCCGCAUUUGCGCCUGGGAUCUCCUUUAUUGGUUUACCUUUCAUGGGGCUUCAGUUCUUUAUGUUUGAAAUACAGAGCAAGUGGGUUGCUUCGGUUUUGUCGGGUCGGGUUAAGCUUCCCACAGAGGAUAAGAUGAUGGAAGAGGCUAUAGCUUUCUACACGAAGCUUGAAGAUUUGGGGAUUCCUAAGAGAUAUACACAUUUUCUAACCGAUCCUCGAGGGAAUCCAAUGCUCGGGACGUUUAAACCGGAGGAUGCAGUUGUGAUCUCUCAAAGCGAUUACUUCAACUGGAUCGCAAAACAGUGUCGUUGCACGUACAUAGAACGUUGGAGAGAGCGAUUAUACAAUGUUGCCAUCAAGAAAAUUUUCUUUGGUGGCGACAGUUAUCGCGAUCAAUGGGACGAUGAUCAAUUCAUCGAAGAAGUGUACGGCGAAUUCGCCAAAUUGAAAUCGAACCAAGAUUGUUCUUCUUAGUUUAUCCAUUCGAGAAGAUGAUUGAAAUGUGACAAGGGAAAGUUAAAAUCUGAAAAUUGGGAAGUGCAAUUGUCACAUACAA